AAUAUUGGUAGGUGGAGUGUCGGAGCGUGUCCAACUUGUUUACCGGCUCGUAGCCAAUCGGUGUUAUUGGUUUUGUUAUUGUUAGCAAAGCGCGAGCCAUUCGACUGCCUUCUUGACUUGCGACAAGACGCUUCACCGACGGAUUUAUGUGCUGAACAUCAGCCACCGUCACCAUGUUCGAGGGCGCGGUCGCCGGGAUCCUGAACCGGCUGCUGGGCAAGUACGUUCAGGACCUGGACACGGAGAACCUCAACGUGGGCAUCUUCUCCGGGAAUGUCAACCUCACCGACCUGAAGCUCAAGCCUGAGGCUUUGUACGAACUCGACCUACCAAUAGAUGUGAAGAUCGGUACGAUCGGCCGCAUCGGCCUUCAGAUACCAUGGUCAGGGCUGUACACGCAGCCUGUGGUCGUCAACAUCGAAGAUGUGCUGGUGCUGGUGGGCCCAGCGAUAUCCAACAGCUACUUCGACCCAGAAAGAGAAAGGCGAUUGACCAGAGCAGCCAAACGGAAGAUCCUUCAGGACUUGGAAGCCGAGAGUGAAGUCCUUAAAGGUCCCCAGAACUUCUUCGAGCAUUUGUUCACGGCUAUUGUGAAUAAUCUUCAGAUUUACGUGAGGAACGUCCACAUACGGUAUGAGGACUCCAUCAGCUCCAAGGAUGGACCUCUCGCGUGUGGAUUGUGUCUCCAGAGCUUAUCUAUUGAGACUACUAAUAGUAAAUGGAAACCAUCAGUGACUCCGGCGAAUGCGUCCACCGUCUACCAGAUGAUGCGCAUAGAGUCCAUGUCAGCGUACUGGAAUCCGACGGCGACGGCGUUGGACGACAACGAGACCGCCCACAUCACACCCAUGCAGUAUUACAACUGGAAGCACUACAUGCUCACUGGACUGGACAAGUUCUCCAUGCAUCAUGAGGAUUUCGAAUUUUUACUGAAACCAGUGACAUGCAAAGUGAAAGUUUUGAUAAAUCGUUCUGGAGAAGCGCGUGUUCCUCGCCUGCUGCUGGAUGCAGUACUGCAGGAUAGUGCGCUACAACUGUCACGGCGACAAUACCUGUCGAUAAACAACCUUCUAGCUUCGUUUGACAGGAUCAAGCUGAACCGAAAAUACCGUCAUCUCCACCCUGGAGUUCCUCUUUCCAAAGACAUCAAGAAGUGGUGGAAGUACGCCUACAAUGUAGUAGUUGAGCAGAGAGUCAGGCCCUACACCUGGGCAGCCAUCAAGAAGCAUAGAGAGAACUACAACGUUUACAAACAGAUCUACAAAAGUACUUUGAGAAGUCCUAAUGAUAUUGAACUGAAACUGGAUCUGCAGAAGUGUGAGGACAGUCUGCCGAUUGUGUCUGUUAUUAUUGCUAGGGAGCAAGCUAAGUUUGAACUGCUCGCCCAAGAACCAGACCGAAUAGAAGUAGUAGAAACAGAAUUUGACUGGUGGAAGCCAUCGAGCUCUCCAACAGAUGAGAUUGAAGGUUUGAAGAAUCACGUAGAACUCUGCGUGAAAACUGAGAGAAGUAAGAGUCUGUGGAGUCAUCUCUCUAGUCCUGAAAAGAAGAGAGUAUGUGAACUGAUUGGGUAUGUGGAGGGGGCACCACAAAAGGAUAAGUCCAAACAGUACAUUGAACACAAAAUAAACCUGACGCUAGCCAACUGUUCACUGACGCUGAUGAAUAGAAAUAAAGAGGUACUGGUGCUGACUCUCACUCAGUUCCUCGCGUCUUUGGAGACCAGACCUUCGGCUAAAGCAUAUAAGCUUUCAGCUCGAGCAGAGAGUAUAGUGGUGGAAGGAGUGACAUCUGACGGUGACCUGGUUCCACUCCUGACUCCAGAGCGAGGGUCAGGAGUCACCAGCUCUAAUUUACUGGCUAUAGACUUGGAGAAAAAUCCUUGUAGCAACGAAGCUGAUUAUGGCCUAUGCUGCCUUAUGGAACCUGUGGAGUUGGUCUACAUUGAGCAUUCUUUCACGGAGCUGAUCAACUUCUUCCAAACUCACUCGAUGACUGCCGAGGAGUUGGCAGUGGAGGUGUCGGAAGCUGUGCUCAGAGCUGGUGCCGUCAGCAAGUCUGUGCUGGCGUAUGCCAUCAGUCGGAGGAAGGUGUUCCACUUGAAUGUGGAUGUUAAGGGACCCUGCGUGGUCGUGCCGGAGCAUGGAUGUGUGCAUAAGUCCGGCCGCGUAAUGAUCUUAGACAUAAGUCGCAUAAUAGUGAAGUCAGAUCUGCAACCAUCGAACUUGAUGCUCGAGGAUGCCACCUGCAUGGAGUUGGAAGAGAGGCUGUAUGACAGACUGCAUGCUGAAUGCUCGUGUCAGGUGUUAUUCUGCGAGUGGACGGAUUCAUGGCGUGAGUCCCGUCGUCACGCAGACUCGGAGCUUCACCUGAUACCCAAGAUAAAGAUGCAGGUUGUGUUCUCCAAUAGUAUCAAGAAGGACUACAAAUUAUUGCCAAAAUAUAAACUAAACAUCUCUCUAUCAAGCAUCAAGUUGAACCUAUCAGACCGGAUCAUAGGUCUUCUCCUAGAUUUCUGUGACAAUCUCCCGGUACCUGUCCCUAACACCGUACCAGUCUCCUUCAUGGACUCUGGAGACUAUACUGAGGAGAUGGAAGAACCAGAGAUGGCAGAGAUGCUGAGCAUAGAUAGGGUGACUGCUGAUCCUGAUUAUAAGGACCUCAUGAAUUUGAGGCAGAAGAUUGUGGCCGCCUAUCUGAGUAGGAGCAAAGCUGCAGAAACUACCUUCGACAAGGCAACAGCGAAGCUCGGGUUCCAAGCAGCUCAGCAAGCGUCCGCUGCAUCAGAACAUAGUGACGAGGAUAUUGAGAUAUACGCCAGGACUGUCGACCUUCCUGGGUUCGAUGACAAUGUGUCGCCUAGUAACAAUAUUAAUACUCUGCUGAGGUUUAUUGUUGGUGAAAUAGUAAUCAACUUGUCCCGUUCGUGUGACCAAAUGGAGAAGCCCUAUGUAAUGCUAAGCAUCACGAAGGUCUGCCUGGACGUGGCACUGAUGGAGUACGGUCCUGCUGUCCAGUUGUCCGUCAGCCAAGUGCUGCUGACUGAUAAACAGCAUCACAGCAGUACUGGACAGUACUUGGAGCUAAUCACCAGCUCUGGAGAGCUGUUUAAUUUAUUGUAUAGGAAGGUACGCGCCGACUGUCCUGAGUUCCGCUCUCAUUUCCACAAUGUGGAGCAGGCAUUAGUGGCAGAUGUGGGACAUCUGGCGUUGCUGCUGCACGCUGAUGCUUUGCCAACGCUUCUCAAGUAUCUGCAGUACAUUUAUGAUAAGAUCCAGAAUCGUCACGCGCUUAAUCUGAAGAACGUAGUUCUGCCAAAGUCAAAGUCAUUGUGGGACUACCUGAUGCAGCCUGAAGCAGACCCUCCUGUGCCACCCGGUGCUACCAAAUUCAGUUACUCUGUCAGAGCAUCAUCAAUCUCGAUGAAGCUGUGUCACCUGGAGAGCGCAGUGCUGGAGAUGAGGCUCGGCUCGUUGGAGAGUGACUGCGUGUUCCGGGCCAACGACCGCAUGAUCUUCAAGCUGUACCUCAGCUCGCUGCAUAUUGAUGACCUUGCUGAGGCCACGUUGUAUCCUAAGUUGGUGUGGCCAGACGAAGACAAGGUGCUGGAGAUAAAGUACGUGCGUGCGGCGGCGCGCGUGUACGGGGUGGGCUCCGGCAUGGACAGCCACGCCAUGAAGGCGCACGGCGAGCUGCGCGUCUACGUCGGCAGGCUGCACGUUGUGCUGUUCUGCUGCGUCAUGCAUCAUAUACAGCAACUGCUGGAGCCUCUGGUGCCGCACGCGGCAGCGGAGGCAGCCAGCGCGGCCGAGCGUGCUGCCGAGCGACACGCCGCCGCCGCGCGCACCGCCGCCACGCGACUCAACCUCGCCAUCGAGAUUCAUGCUCCUGUGCUACUGCUGCCACAGAAACCUUCAUCCCCGAAUUUAUUAGUCCUCAAUAUGGGCGACCUCUUAAUAGAGAACUUCUUCAAGCAGUUAAACACUGGCAAUGAGCCCACCAGUCCCAUCCAGAAUGCUGUCAUCGACAACAUCCUCAUCAAGCUGGUGAACAUCACCUUCUCUAGAGCAGUCAUGACAUUAGCUGGGACUUUGGAAGUACAGGAGCCGAUCCUGGAGCCAGUGUCAGUGCGGUGCGACCUGAAGCGCGCCGUGUCGUACCAGCAGCUGGUGCGGCUGGCGUCCCUGCGCGACCUGCUGGCGCUGGACGGCGCCGUCGCCGUGGAUGCCGUCACCCUCAACGUCGGACAGAAGGACCUCGCCACCAUGCUCGCUGUCUGGAACGAUAACCUCAGCGAGGGGAAUUAUAUCGGGAGUAUAGUACCAAGCUCUCCAGUAGAGACAGCACCUUCAGAUUCAUCAGUCAAGAAGCUGCAAGCGUUCUUCGCUCAAGGUGAACCAAUCAGGAAGGAAGCUGUCGUUAGGUUCAUCUUAGACGGCAUAGAACUGAAGUUAUUCUCAGACAUGGAUGAGGUCCUAAGUUCCCCCGUCAGGGACUUGAACCAUGGACUAGCGAAGCUGACAGCUGGUGAAGCGAUGCUGCAGAUGGAGUACAGCUCCGAUGGAAGUCUAGAAGUCAAGGCUAGUCUGCAGAGCUUGUUAGUUGAAGACAUUCGACCAGAUCCUGGCAUUGUUAUUAAGAGGAUAUUCCAAUCUCAAGGUGGUACGAACGCUGAUGCAGAAGACUCCUGUAUCUCAGUGCGUCGCCCUCCACUGAUAGACGCCAGCCUGCGGGUGACUGGGGCCAAGGCUCGGCAUGCUGACGUCAGAGUAGAUAGGACAAGGUUCAACCUCGCAUUGCCAUUCCUGCUGCAGCUGGCCAGGACUUUACUGGAUGCUAUGCCUGGUGAAAAGACAAUGGACGGUGGUGUAGUAAAUCAUGGCUAUGUAGGCGAUGUGCACCCUUCAAAGACGGGCAACAAUAACCGUGCGGCGAGACUGCCUAGCUCCAGUGAUUCUACUAGCGGGUAUUAUUCAGCAGCAACAUCAAUGUCAGAAGAACAACCAGGACUGUCAAUAUCGAUACAGUUCCGUCAGCCAGAAAUCAUGUUCUUCACUGACCUCACCAAGACUGAGGGUCACGCGCUCCUUUUACGGACAGAACUCCUAAUCGACUAUUCCUCUCACUCUAACAGUGAAUCAUUCGUGGUCUCUUUAGCUGGACUUCAGAUAAUGUCCAAGCUUCAAUCAAAAUUGAAGAAUCUACCACCACAGCUGGUACUAAAGCCAUGUGAUGUGGAAUUUUCAAAGGCCUUCAAGAACAUUGAGGAAGGGAUAAGAGUGAAGAUGACGGUUUCGGAAGUCGAAGUGCAUAUUGCAGCUACUACAGUGCAUACUGUUAUGGACAUUAUCGAAGAAAUAACAUCAGAACUAACAAUACCUGAUGAGAAGGAACCCUUCAACUUUGCGACUUACAACCCGAAGUCUGAGAAGCAGGACGAAGACCUCUGGUCUCCGAAGAAGCUGACUCCUUACGUAGUACUGAACCCUGAAGAUAUUUAUACGCAGCCGAAAUACCCGACUCUUCGACCUUCGGAGACGUUCAUCAUGAGCGUGCCUUGUGUGAGGAUCAUGUUUGAGAUGGAGCAGACUGUCAGGGUGCCUGUGUUGAUGAUGAAGAUGAAAUCUGAGGUGACCAUCCACGACUGGUCCCAACAACUGCACGGUACAGCAUCUCUAAGCAUGAUAGCGUCGUGUUACAACGAGCGGGUGGACGCCUGGGAGCCACUCAUUGAACCUGUCGUGCAGAAUGAGAACGUCUACCGACCUUGGGAGAUCACUGCUACUCUGUUUCAGUCCAAAGCCUACCCAAUGUCUUCACGACUGGACACCUCAAGUCAACAAGAAACAGAAGUAGACUCUUCAAUAGCAUCAGAUCAAUCAAAGAAACCUAAAAAGAAGAACGGUUUCGAAUCAGAGACAUCAGCAGACGAGGGCGAUACUGAUAAUGAAAUGACGUUUAUAAAGAAUCCUAAUGGCAGAGAGAGUAAGCAUUAUAAUGUGGACUUCAGCGCUGGACAUAUGUCCUUCCUAGGACUGCUGGAUGGAGAUGAAUCUGACUCAGAGAAUGAGAGUGGGCUGAUGGAUAAACUGGCGACUGCUAUAGGACAUUUGUUUACUGAUGACUCAAGUGCAGAAGAAAUGAGCAAUGAUGAAGACUCUUCGGCGCCAGAACAAAGUGAAGCGGAAGUAGGCAGUGAUCAUGAUGAGAACGAGAAAGCAGUCACGUUCAUAGAUGGAGAAGCCAAAGGGAAGAAAGAGACAGAACCAAAGACUGUGACGUUACAGGAUCCAGUCGUCCGCGAAGACAGCGUGGACUCAGGACUUGAAACAGAGAGCUACAUCGACAAGUCCUGCACCUACAUAGCAGUGGAAGCUAGGGAUAUGCUGAACAUCACCAUAACUCCUGCAGGAGCCAGAGCACUGCUGGACCUGGCUGCAGCAUGCACUGAUAGAACUGCUGUCGUCACUGCCAUCGUUACUGGAGAAAGUGGUCUACUACUGGUAAAUGAUAUAGGACCGGGAUCAACAGUCCAUUUGAAAACGAAGGCGGAGACAGAUUUGGCUGGCAAUGAAAGAAUUAUAGCCAUAGCCGAUUAUGAUGUGGACACUAGUCGACCCAGCACACCAGGGUGCGAUACAUCAUCAGCUGAUCUGCUAGACGAAUCACCACCGAAGCCGAAGAUAAUGACAGAUGUCAGUGAUGAAUGGGAUUGUUUCGAGGGCGGUUUCCCCGGCGGCGCAGUGUCCCCGCCGGCAGCAUGUGCGUGGUCGCCCGCGCCGCCCCCGCCGCCGCCCGCGCUGCGCACGCGCCUCACCGACCUCACGCUCACCGUGCGCCUGCAUGACCUGGACCAUCUCACUAUCCUAUGUCCUCAACGCAACGUGUCGAAGCUGCAUGUGCUGCAUCCGAGCAAGAACUCGACGCGGUACUACAUCGCCGUGGAGAGGACCUCCAAGUAUAACAACAAGAAGAUCAUCGUCCGAUCUCCGUACCAGAUCCGCAACGAAACUUCAUACGCUCUCGAGCUGUUCUACAAGAAGACGGAUUUACAAGCGAUUGGGGCUGAGCUGAUAGGUUCCCUGACAAACCCGUUCGAUGACAAGAUGAGGUUGGCAGUGAUCGCUCCACAGGAGACCUACAAUGUGCCAUUGUACAUCGCCUACCACUGCAAGCUGUUCCUGCUGCCUUCUAACUUCGAGAGCUACCAAACAGCUACUCAAGGCAUCUGGUGGAUGGAACUAGCGAAUGAAGUGGGCACACCGCGGGACAUGAUAUGUCCUGCCAAAGACGGAGAAGACAAGAGGAUAUUCGCCAUGAGGAUACUGCCAGUUGAGGGUUGUCAGUCAUCAAAGAUCACUCGUGCGAUCCCGAACUACGUGGUCCGCGUGGUGCCCCCGCUGGCGGUGUACAACCGGCUGCCGUACGCCACGGAGGUGCGCUGCGAGGCCGCGGCGCUGCACAUGCGCAUCGAGGCCGGCGAGCGCGCGCACUGCUACACGCUGGCGCUGCCGCAGCCGCACCGGCUGCAGCUCGCCAUGCACUACAUGGGGCUGCAGUGGACCGGCAGCUUCACGCUGUCUCCUGACGUGACGGAGAAGACGGUGUCGCUGAGCAGCGAGAGCGAGAUGGAAGGCGGUCGGCAGCAGGUGUGCGUGUGCGUGCGCGUGGCGCGCCGCGACUGCUGGCAGCUGUUCCUGCACGCGCAGCACUGGCUCAUCAACAAGACCGGCCUGCCGCUGCAGAUGAAGGUGUAUACUGGUAUUAAAUUGGGCUGUGUCUGGCAGGGUGGUCAGUCAGACACGUGCUACGAGGUGACGGAGGAGCCACUGCUGUGGAGUCCUGGGACUCGAGGGCAUCGGCGAGGGGCGCGGGUUCGGUUCCGUGCACACCACUCCGCCUGGUCGCGAGCUGCGCGCCUGGCUGCUGCAGCUCCUGGACUGGUCGUGUGUCCUCACACUGAGAGACGCACCAACUAUCGGCUGCUGCUUAAUGUAACCCUAUCAGAACUAUGUCCUCAGCUGACAAAAAUCGUGACGCUUCUACCAUAUUUCCUAGUCUACAACGAUACGAAGCGUCAUUUGCGUUUCAUGGAGGAGAAUGAAGCGGCAGACCUUUGGAACGACCUGGCUCCUCAGCAAUGCACUCCGUUCUGGCCACAGACUGACUCUAUGUCCAUGCACUGCAAGUACCGGGACUCCACUGUGGUCUCCCAACACUUCCCUAUCACGAAGAAUCAUUUUACGGUUCUGAGGAUGGAUAAAGGGACAGCAAUAUGUGUGGAAGUGACUGGCGGUACUGACCGUCCCUUCACCAUCACCUUCAAGCCCUACACGGUAGGGGACUCGCCAGUUCGCAUCGACAACUUGUGUGAUGACCUAUUCCUGAAGCUGCACCAGGCCGACUCAGGCCAGGUGGCUCUGCUGAGCCCCUAUCAGUCCAUGCUGUAUACUUGGGACGAUCCCGCAAAAGAAAGGAAGCUGAUGUGGAAUAUUUAUAAUAAUAAAGGCAAAGGAUUUGAUGCUGCUUUCAAUCAGGACGGCUACGGCGAAGAAAAAGUGAGUUUCCACUCAGUAAAGCACUCGACCCUGGUAGCAACCAACAGCGUCACGUCCAAACUAUCUUCGACUCUUAAGAGGCUCACUCCAAAGUCCCCUGAACCCUGCUCUUCAAGCAGUGAUGACUCUGACAGUUCAGACCUACCUGAAGCACACACGAAAACCAAGAAGAUGAGGAAAGACAAGGUGGUGGUGUACUGGAUAUCUUACAUGGAUGGAUAUCAAAGAGUGUUCGCAUUGGCUCAGGAUGAGCGAAUAGCGUAUCAGUAUAGGAUGCGCAUCAACGCAGAAAGAAGUAACUACGAGGUCUACAUGUCCUUGUCAGGAGUCAGUCUGUCAGUUUGUGUACCAACUCAUACCGGAGUCAAGGAGCUAGCAUAUGUCAGCAUGACUGACUCGUUACCUCGGUGGGAAGUCAACGUCAACCACAAGUGGAAGCAGCUGUCCCCUGAUCUGACAUCUUGGAUCGAAGACAAGUAUCAGACGGACCAAAAGAAAUGUCAAUUGAAAGAGUACAUCCAUCUAGACUUGGAGAAAAUGCAGAUGACUAAGCCAUUCUUCUCUGAACUCCGUAGAACGUACAACCCUGGCGUGUGGCUGCAGCUACGUAAAUCUGAAACUUACACGUAUUGCCACCUGAAGUGUCAAAGGUUACAGAUUGACAAUCAGCUCCAUGAGGCUGUGUUCCCGAGUGUAUUGUACCCUGCACCGAUACCCAACGACAUUAGGACGAGUAAAGGUUUGAAGCCUUGCGUAGAAAUAGUUGCCCUCAAGCAGCACCGACCGAGUUUGAACCAGGACGUGUACAAAUACGUCAAGAUUUUAGUUCAAGAGUACUGUGUGAACCUGGAUCGUGGUUUUGUGAACUAUGUCUUUGAUAUCCUGAACCACUGGAAGAUUCAGGAGAAGCCAGCAGUGAGGUUACGAGCUGACCUUGCAUUAGUUCACAUGCCGUUGCCAGUGAUUGCAGUGAAGAGCCAGGUCAACGCACAGAAGAAUGUCUUCUUUGAGUACGUUCACCUGUCGCCUGUGAAGCUGGUGCUGAGUUUGUCAUCUCGAGGAUAUUCUGCGGAGUCAGCCAAUAGUCCUAGUAAGGCUCGGUUCGGGAACAAGAAGGAGAAUAGGCCUAAACUGUUCAACAGUGAUCUCCUGGAGUAUUUGUUCAAUUCCUGGGGAUCCUCGCUGUGUGACAUGAAGGACGUGGUUAUAAAAAUGUCAUACCUGGAGUUCCGUAACGCUCCCAUCACGACGUCAACCCUGGUGGAACAAGCCUCCCACCACUAUUGGACGCAGCUGGUGCAGCAGUUCUAUGUCCUCGUGCUCGGGCUCAACAUCCUGGGGAACCCGUACAGCCAUAUUGGAGACUUCUCUCGAGGACUCAAGCAGUAUUAUGAACCUUGUCUGGGUACUGCCCUGGGCCGUAAGAUCAUGGAUGUGGCCUCUCGGCUGGAGGACGGUGCAGCAGCGUUACUAGGACUGCGAGCGAGCCCGACUACGAGGACCAGCGCCAUGUUCGACGACCUGCCUAAACCACAGACGCCGAGACGGAAACCAGGGGAAGUUCCUCAACUCAGUAACGACAUCCCGGAGAGUGUGAUAGAAGGAGACAGCAGCAAUCAAGCCAGCAUCGCUCUCGCUCUCACAGCUCUCGUCGCUAGACCAACGUUUGAUGAUGACUGUGUCGUUGUGAGGAAUGUAUGUCGCGAGGCAGCCCGCGCGUCUCUGUCUCGGCAGCUGAACGUCAGCAGCGCGGAGAGUGCGCUGAAGGCGUGCGUGGAACGGAGUGGAGGUCGAUUACUGGCGCGGCGCCGACUGCCGCGGCAUUGUGAUCCUAUUGAAGGAGUCCGGCCAUUCUCCCAGCACGCUGCACUGGGGCUGCAGCUGCUGACGCUGCUGGGCCGCGGCCACUACGCCGACACUGACGCGUACAUUGCGCAUGCGCAUCUAGGUCCUACGUCCAACUGUACGCUACUCAUAUCUACGCAACACAUAUUCAUGGUCCGAGCGAGUGGCACCAGCGGCUCCUGGCACGUGGAGUGGGCAGUCAAGCUGGAUGACGUCAUCGGCUCCCCCAUAGUGCACGGGGAUAAACUGCUGCUUAAUAUUAAACAGGACGAGCUUGUAAACUAUUUCUCAACGGAUGAGAAGGUGAUAGAGGUAUCAGAUCCGGAGGUACUGACCUGGCUGCACUCCAAGAUUGAGUGCGCCCUCAUACUGGCGCUAGAAGACAAGAGAUGCGUCUCUACUGAUUAGAACUAAACUAUAAGGCCAAAAACGAGAUACGAACAAAAACUUACUUCAUUUCAUAACUAUUAGAGUUCAUUUUUCAAUGACAACUUAACACAAUGUUUGUAAUGGAUAUGGAACUUUAUCACAAGUUAUUAAAGAUCAAUUUUGAGUAAUCAUCUCGUUUAUUGGCCUUGACUUUAUUAUGUACACUGAUUUAUAGGUACCCUUAUACAUGAUACAGUUAAUCGCCCAUCAGAAAGUCUAAAUGUGAUCCUUAUUUCAACAAUAUUAAGUGUUAUAUUUGAAUGACAAAAUCUAGAAGUUUUGGAAAUAAAUAACAAUGAAAUACCUAUGUGGGGGUUGACUGUAUCUACUCUUAUAUGUAUGUAUUUAAUACAUAAAUAGACAAUUUGUAACUAAUACAAUUUAAGAAACCCUUUUAUUACUGACAUUGUCUAAAAAUAGGGACUUGUACUAACACUAGAGGGCGCUACAAAAAGGCUAUCACUAAAGAGGCACAAUUAUGAAGAAAUAAAUGACCUUGUCUAUGAAUCUAUACUGCAAUGUGCCAGUGGCGCCACCUAGAGUGAAAAGAAAAGUCCUAAAUUGUUUAUAAACAGAGAACUAAAUGGAAAAGGCAAAAAUUCCCUCUGCCAAAUUGAAAUAGACGUUUAUAUAACUUGUUUUAUGCAUAGAUUAUAUAAAACCAGUGAUAUUUGUACAUUUAUCUAUAUGACGAUCACCUCAUUCAUAUGUCAAUAAUAAUAAUUAAAUUAUUUAUCCUUAUUCAUCAAUCUCCGUUUGGAACUAUGCAGGGGACAUAUCAGACCAUCAGGAAGCCUCGAAGUCUGUUUUGUAACGACAAUAAUUUAAAAAACAAAAUAUUUGUACCUAUUAAAUUCAUAUUUUUUGAUCUCAAUAUCUAGUCAGCUUUUGCGUACACCUAUUUUAAUUUACUUUUAAGUAUAUUUAAUAGCCAAAACACGCGUAUUUACUUAGUUUCAAUGCAACUGAUUAAAUAGAUAAGUUAAGGCGCGGUGAAUAGACAACUUUUAUGUAUUUGAGGGGGUGAAGCAGGUGAAGUGGGUCUCGUGUACUGAGGGGUGCACCGUGCAAAUGUCAUUGAUACGCGUAUUCCAUUUUAUUUAGGAGCGUAAUUUCGCUACUAUUGUUUCAUGGACGAGUGGCCCAGUGCGUUGCUGUCUAGAUUCGCGUUCCGUGAUCCUUAAGAUCGAAUCUCAUUACUCGUAUUAGUUUUUGUUUUUUUAUUUUUUCAAUAUUAUGUUGUAUACAUUUUUAUUUUAUUUUUAUUUUAUUUUUUUAUUAGUUUUUUUUUGACUAAAACCGAAAUCGAACAAUAAUUUACACAAACUUACUACUACUAUAGUUUUUGCGCUAGUGACAGUUGCCUGUAUGACGUUGACGUCUCUCAGUACCACAUGAUUAGGGAUGGACAUUAGAAAGGUCUUUUUUUAUCGCUAUCGAUACUCGCAGCAUACAUUGAAUUCUCUUUAAUUUUGUUAUUAAAGUGUGUUGUUUAGUUGUGCAGUGUAUCUGCGUGUAUAUAAUGUCAAUAUACAGAUACAGAUUCAGAUGAUCCUGACUCAGAUAAUAAUAUGAGUUUGGACGAAUAAUAAGUAAAUAAUUUUGGUUUUAAGCAAGGAGCGUGUGUGACGUGUCGAAGAUCUGACACGUUUGGCUCUCCAGUGCCCCGAACAGUCGCUACAGUCGAAGACAAGUUUUUACAUUCAAUAUUCUGUACUUAGAGCCUAUGCACACCACGUCUUAUAAACGGCCGGCGACGCGCGUUUUGGAAACGCGCGUCGCCGGACGUUUUUCUCCUACAGUGCAGUUUGUUGUCGUUUGUAUCGAUACAAACGCGCGGCACCAGCGCGUGUGUAUCGAUAACACGCGCGUUUGCAUCGCUUCCGCAUCGCUACACACGCGUGUCUGUAUCGCUACACACGCGCGUCAGGUGUGCAAAGGUCUACAGGCCGCGUCUAACUAUCGCGUCUGUAGCAAUACAGACGCGAUACGCACGCAAGUAUCGCGUCAGUAUCGCUAAAAACGCGCGUCGACGGCGCGUUUAAAAAACGUGGUGCAAACAUAGGCACUUAGAAGCAGUAGGCACUAAUCUUUUAAAAACUAAAAAACGGACAGGAGGAUAUAUAAAUAAAACACCAAUUAUGUAUAAAAUAUGUAUUAUUCAUCUUCAAUAAUUAGGAGAAUGUCAUCUAAGAAUUGUGUAGGGGGCGGGGUACGUAUAUUUUCUUGGUAUCUUUCCCAACUGAGAUACCAUAUUAUACAGGCUGAGAUGCACGCCACUGACGAAUAACUGAUAAAAUCACCUCAUCUUCCAAGACUCUUCUGCCAAUAGAGUUACUGCGACCAGUCGCAAUCGUACAAUCUACACAGCGAUCCAUGUCGUCAAUAUCCGAUUGAUAGGCUUAAACAGUUGUCCAAAAUAGAGAGUAAGGUAAUUUAGAGAUGCAAGAUCCGUCAAAAGUCCUUUAUAAAGCCGAGGUCGUGGGGUUUAACAAUAAAACAUGGAAAAUACGUGCGCAUUUAGAACGAAACACAACAAACAAGUGUCAUCUGUCAAUCGAUGACUGACUGAUAUCAGACAGAAGUGUUGUAAGAAGUUUAAAUCACAGAGUACUUAUACGCAUAAAUGAUUAAAUAAUCAUUAAUGUUUUAUAACUUAAUUUAAGUUUUCUCGCUUCCCAGAUAGAAACAAGGUACCAUAUUUUGUGAUUUCCUAUAGAAAAAUAUGACGGUUUUUUUAAUAUACAUUUCAACUAGUUAACUGCUGGGCCCAAAAGUCCCCUUCUCCUUUCAAGAAUGGUACGGAACGUUACUGAAUGUGUCAUCUGCACCAUGCUACGCGGUAAUAGUAUAUGAAAAAAUUAAUUGUAUUUACAUAACUUUAAAUAGAUUUCGUACAAAAAAAUAUACUGACAACCCAACUUAGAAAAAGCUAAUUACAAAAUAAAAUAUUACAAACAGCAAAAAGAUAUGUUAGUGAAUGAUUAUUUUCUGAGCGGCGAUUGACACAAACUGACAUAGGUCCACCAAGCAGCGCGCCUCAGCGGUCACUGCCGGUCCGCGUAGGAAUGAAAGAGAAACGAAUAGAUGUCAUGAUCGAACGACGUUUUGUUCGAUUCGUUCUGAGUUAUUUAUCAUGAAUUAUAUUAAUUCUUACAAAUAUCUCAUUUCAAUCGACAAAUAAAUAAGGCAGAUCCCUUUAUUAUUUUAAAUUACGUCACUGUUAUUAAUUUUAUUAAGAUAUGUUUAUAAAUAAUAUAGUUACAAUGGCUAGAAUUUCAAUUUAAAUGGUUAGUUUAUGAUUUUUUUUAUCGAGAAAAUUUAUAGAAAUCGUGUUUUGAAGAAGGUGGUCCAUUCAUAAAAAUGAUCAAGAUUAACAUAUAUUUUUUUUGUUGCUCUAACAUGUAAACAUUGGGCAAAAAAAUCUGUUGAAUCAAUCCUAUUUUGACUAUGCACAGCGCCUUAAUGUAAAUCAGCUUUUUGUCAUGACGUCAUCAUUGCUAUUUGAAUAGAAUUUGUCGACGCAGUGGAUACUAAUUACAAGGUAAACUUAAUUAACUAAUUGUCGUGAUCUGUAACUUGGGUGUCGUAUAAACGAAUUGUAGUUAAAAUGGCCGGCAAACGUGUCGCCAUCUAGCGCAAAUUAUAAUAAACUGUGCAAUUUCAUUGCCUAAUUAAUUUAGUACUCACUGAUAUUGUAAUAAAUGUUAAAGUAUUUUCAUAUUAAAUUGAAUAUUUAUAUUGUUUUAUGUAUCGUUCUUUAAGCUUUAGUACGUAAGCUUGUUAUCUAUAUUAUACUAAGAGUUUGUUUGUUUGGACUCGCUAUUCUCCGGAACUACUGGUCCGAUUUGAAUUAUUAUUUUUGUGUUGGAUAGCGCGGUUUUCGAAGAAGGCUAUAGGCUAUGAAACAUCACGCUAUGACCAAUAGGAGCCGAGCAGCGGGAGAAACCGCGCGGGAGUAGCUAGUAAUGAAAUACAUGUAAUCAUUUUGCCGUAACAGUAGGUUUAUAAGUUACCUACCAGUAUUCUGAUAUCCGCCUUUAGGGCGACAAGAUAAUAAAUGUGUUUAAAUUUUUGGUGUCCAUACUAAUAAUUGUUUGUGUGUCCUGAAUGUUUUAAUGUAGACAGAAUUGUUGUCAUGUUGCACAAAAUAUGUUUUAGUUGGCUCCUUCAUUCAUUCCUAUAUUUUUAAUCUUUCAACAAUUUAGUAAAAUACCACCCAUUUAUUAAAACUAUGAAAUAGGUAAUUAAAAUGUAUUAUUACACCCCAUCUCGUUCACAUGUAACCAACGUGAAUGAGAGGCCAAUAAAAACAAACAAAAAAUGUUGCAAAGUAAUUUUUAGGUCAGUGUUGCCAGUAAAAAGAAAAACUUUUCUGAAUUUUUUGGGAAUGUUUGAAGGAGUCUUUAAUGUUUCAUAAUCAUUUAACAGGCCAAAUGGUAGCUUCACCCAUCGCAAGUUAAGACAUGCUUACAUCGAAAGUUAAAAAAUCAAAAUCAUGAAACUUGAAUGUUUUUUAAAUGGAAAAUAAAAUGUGAUUCUGA